AUGGAACACCUAGAGAUUUUGGCGAACCUGAGUGCCUACUACCCGAUACCAAAGUUGACACCCCUGCCCCUGGCUCUCCCGAUGCCUCGGUCCAUGCUGGGUCUGAAGAAGAUCCUCCUGCGAAUCCCGGAGCAAGAGCCGAAGAUUCGACGUCAGUGCGUGCUGAAGAAGGACACAUGUUCCAAAGCUGCUUUGGAUUUGUGGAAGACACCCGAGGGACGUGGCAAGCUGAGAAGCCUGAUGUUGGCCAACAACAUGGACUUUGCAAAUGUGGAGCUGGAGUUGAAGCGCACCUCCAAGACCAGAUUUGGCCGGCGCAAGGAAGGUAGGAAAAUGGCUGAUAACGGGUUUGAAUAUGCCUCACGUCACAACUUGUUGCGAACCAGUCAAAUUCACGGUGAACAAGAAGCGAAGCUUCUGUUGGACGAAGCCUUCUCGUUCGAUGAAACGCAUGAGCAAAGUACAGAACAGUCUCAGAGGGUUCAGGCCUCCAGGUGCUUGGGCAUUUUGAUGAAGAUGCUGAAGGCAACACGCCUGGCGAUCAGGCAUGCCAAGCAAAUCCAAAUCCAGGUCAACUACAUGCAGGACAUCUACCAAAAGCUGGAGGAUUUGCAAGCGGAAUGUGCUGUGACUCGCUCAGCUAGGCCAGAGACCCAGCAGGCAAUUCUCAAGCUAUGUGCCCAAUGCACCAAGACGGAUGACCUUGAAGGCAGCUUCUUCGAGUUCUGGCAAGCCGAACAAGCCCAAGCCUGCGACCGCUAUGAAGAGAAUGACGACGACAGCGACCUGGCAGAUGAGCUAUUGUGCGGACUGGAGGAAGGUGAUUUGGAAUCGCUGGACAAAGAUGGAUUUGUGGAAUGGUGGAACGUGAAGGACACAUUGAAGACCUUGCCAGGUGAUGCUACCAACCCUGCAGCUUUCAAGGAUGACGACUUCAAGGACAUCCUAUCUGUCAUCCGAUACACGGCAUCUGCAAGUGACCGGUUCUGGCGGACUCUUUACAGGUAUGGUGUUUGGAUUCCAAGGAAA